CGUCAAUCCUCUUCAUAUCUUCUGCUGGUGAUGACGUGGCUAGACAACAUAUGCUUAGCAAAUCCGCAAAAAAGUAAUCUGUUUUGAUUUGUGUCUUCUGGUUAGGCUUGUUACCAUACGUACUGCCUUUUAGUUUUUUCUUCACACAUUUUCAGAAAUAGAGCUAUGCUUUUUUUUCAUGAAGUUUUAAAUAUUAGGUUCAUAUGUAAUUAUGUACCCAUGUUUGGACUUGCACUUUGCAACGAAGUACUAUGAGUUAGUGGGUAUUUGGCUACGUUUAACUUUGGCUUUUGCAUUUUGGCUUAUAGGCAAGAAGGACACCUAGGAUGGUAUUAAGCAAAAUAAAAUAUACCUAUGAUUGUAUAAUCCAAAAGUCCAUAAAUAGGUGUUUUCCCGGGCUUUUAAGCCAAGUGCAAAAGCCAAAGUUAAGCCCAACCGAACACCCCUUAGUGUGCUUAUCUUCUCCGGUGAGCAUAUAAUACAAAUAUGUUUACAAAAAUAAAAUGCUAAUUUAUGACCAUUUUCCAUUUUUAUCCUUGCAACCCCAUUGGUGAAAAAAUGGUCUAUCUGUAUUGGAAGUUACUGAGUAAAAGUGACGUAGUAUGCACUAAUGUAGGAAACAUAAACCUCAUGGGUCUCGCCAUGCUUGUUCUACCAGUGCUCUUAGGGUUGUUUUAUGGAGCAAGUGACAUUAAUUGCUCAACAGUUCAUGGUAACACCACAGAUCACCGUUCACUGCUUGAUUUCAAAGGGGCCAUCAGAGCGGACCCAAGAGGAGCCUUGCGCUCUUGGAAUGAGAACAUCCACUACUGUAUGUGGUCGGGCAUCAAGUGCAGCACAAUGCACCCAGAACGUGUUACAGUGCUAAACCUUGCCAACAUGAGCUUGACAGGCCAAAUCACACCCUCUCUAGGAAAUCUAACCUUCCUUUGGGAACUUACACUAUCCAACAAUCUCUUCUCUGGCCAGUUGCCCUCUCUCAAUCGUCUUAUAAGAUUAGAAAGCCUUUACUUACAGAACAACUUGUUGCAGGGGAACAUUCCGAAUGCACUUACAAAUUGUUCCAAACUCCUUUUACUAGACCUCUCUUCUAACAUGCUAGUGGGUUCGAUUCCUGGAAAUAUAGGUUCCCUCUACAAUCUAAAGGGAAUUGACCUUUCCAAUAAUAGCCUCACAGGAAACAUUCCACCAACCUUCGGCAACAACACUUACUUAGAAGAGCUACGACUUACCCACAAUCAACUCAAAGGAAGCAUUCCUGAAGAUCUUGGGAAAUUGCCGAAUAUGGGGAAGAACCGGGCGGUGUUUCUCGGUCAGAAUAGGCUAUCGGGUAGAGUUCCAACAACAUUGUUUAAUCUAUCCAAGCUUAUAAUACUGGACCUAAGUAUGAAUAAGCUAAGGGGCACAUUACCAUACAAUAUCGGUAAUCUAUCUGCCGCGCUUCAAUGGCUAAUUUUGGGUGCAAACAACUUGUCUGGGACAGUGCCACCGAGCAUUGGGGCCCUAAAGAACCUAACAGUUUUAGAUCUUGGAGGAAACAACUUCGUUGGACCAAUACCAUAUUCCGUCGGGAGUCUGCCAAAGUUAUGGAAGCUUGAUCUUUCCAAUAAUCAUUUUGAUAGUUGGUAGCACACCGACACUACUGACUGCUAAUGACUUAUUCAUGGUGGCCGAAUGAGCCAGGGAUGCAGUUUGCUGUGCGAGUGCAACGACCCGACGAGAGCUCUGCACCUUCCCGUUCUUGCAUGGCUGUGUCACACUUUCUGUCAACGGGCGUGGUUGCUCUGUCUGGACUACAGUUUUCUAUUGCUUGUUUUCCUUAGCGGUUUCCUAUAUUUUCAGCGGAUCCAUCCCCAUGUAUGUAGGGUUUGUGGAUGUACGCACCUCAUUUGUAUUUCUGUCACCUAGAUGAAUUGAAUAAAAUGCUUCUGUUUGGGGA